AUGGCUGAGACCGACUCGUUUCUGCAUCUCGCGCGGCCCUUGGGCCCUGUGACGGUGGGGUCUGCACCAACCACCGCCCCUCUGAAUGUGGUGAUCCAGCCUCAGGCCAUUUUCUCCAUCCUCGACCACUCCCUCCGCCGCAACGCCGACCAGGACCGUGUUAUUGGCACGCUACUGGGCACCCGAAGUGAAGAUGGCACCGAAGUCGAAAUCCGAAGCUGUUUUGCCGUCGGCCACACCGAGACCACCGACCAGGUCGAGGUCGAUAUGGAGUAUCAGAAACAAAUGCUGACGCUGCACCUGCGAGCCAACCCGCGCGAAGUGCUCGUCGGCUGGUACGCCACCUCGUCAGAGCUCAACACGUUUUCCGCCCUGAUUCAGAAUUUUUACGGCGGCCAAGGCGACGGCACAUGGCCUCACCCGGCCGUGCACCUGACUGUCUCGACUGAGCCCGGCAAGGACAUUGAAACGCGCGCCUACAUUUCGGCUCCAGUGGGCGUCACCGCAGAGCGCGCUGCCGAUAGCGCUGCUUUUAUCCCCGUGCCGUAUGAGAUCCGGUAUACCGACGCGGAGAAGAACGGUUUGGAGGCUAUUGCCAAUGCUCGCGACACUGAGGAGCGAACCACCGGUAUCUUCACCGAUGUCGAGGCCCUGGAGCGCGCGGUCGAGGAGGUCAUUGGCAUGAUUGACCGUGUGUCCAAGUAUGUCGAGGCCGUGAUUGACGAGGAGGCGCCUGCGUCGACGGCACUUGGCCAGUUUCUGCUGAAUGCCCUUGCCCUGGCUCCCAAGGUUGAGCCGGCUGACAUUGAGCGCGAUUUCAACAAACACAUCCAAGACAUCCUGGUCGUCUCGUACCUCGCCAACACCAUCCGCACGCAGAUGGAGCUGUCGAACCGACUGGCGACUGCUCAGAUCACGCUCGGCGGCGGCGAAGGAGCCAACGCAGGUGAGUCUGGCAACAACCAGCGCGGUGGACAGCGAGGCGGCAGGGGAGGCGGCCGCGGCGGCCGUGAGGGCCAGCAGCAGCAGCGCAACCAGGAGCGCAAUGCCGAGGAGGUUCGGGCUUAA